AUGGUAGAGGUCCGCAAAAAGAAUUAUGUUUGUGGUAAACCAAUGGCAGUGGUAGAUCACAACAGAGGAAACUGUGCUGUAGAUUUAUCGGAUCAAAUGAUAGCAUAUUCUACACCACAUAGAAGAAACCUCAAUUGGUAUAUAAAAUUAGCAUUAGAGUUAUUGUUAAGUACAUCAAUUUCGAACGCGAUGAUACUCUAUAAACAAGCAACAAAAACAAAAAUCGAGGUAUCAGAUUUUAGAAUGGCACUCGCGAUGCACCUUACACAGUGCCAUUCACCAGAGCCGUCAAAUAUACUUGUUUUACAAAGAUCGCGAAACGAAAUGCAGAAGAAAGAAGGGCAAGCGUACCUGGCACGAAAAUCUUGCAGAGAGAGCUAUAAAAAAAAUGUUAAACAGUCAGGAUCAAAAAUUGCUAAAAAUCGGACCAAAAGGUGA